AUCAAGUAUUCAACUACCAACGCUGGUCGUGUAAUUGUUAUGUGAGUUGUGGCUGACAUUUAAGGUUACCUCUAGUAUUUAUAUUUGUUUGUUUCAAGCAGGCAGAUGGAAAUGCAAGAUAAAGUCCAUAUACUACUAGAUGAUCAUUCUCAUCUGUAUGUAUAUGCGAUGAGAGAAAUAGGGGGUGCGGGUUGUUUGCUGGGGUCUUUAUUUGAAGCAAGGGGAUAUCAAACAACUGGCUGGGCUGUCACUGUUCCAAAGGACGCCGGGCUCGCUUACAGAACCGCUCAUGAUACACAGGCGCCUCAAGGCAAGGGAGCAACAGAUCGGGGUACACCAAGUAAUCACGCAGCAAGGGGCUAUUGGAUGCCUAUUGAUUUAGUUUGGCGAGUGUUUGGAGACGGGCAAGACAAACAUGAGGAAUAGGCCGGCCGCUCUUAGUACGAGUGUAGAAGGCCUUGACAUUGGACGGCCAGGCGGGUAAUCGAGUGAUUCAUGCAAACAUGAGUACAGUCGUGGACAUAUAAGAAAAGGAGAUGGCAUCUUCGCCUAACUCUCUCGUCUCCGUCAAUUUUCUAUCCCAUCAAUUUCCAUCUAUUGCUAGUAGUCAGUAGUCGUGCCACAAUGGCAACCUUCGCACUCGUGUAUGACGACGAUGAAGAGUCUAUGCCCGACACUGCUUCCCCUCCACCUCCCCGAACACCGUGCCAAUCGAGAGAUGACGAUGGCCUCGAAACUGACAACGAGCAUAGCAUGUCUCCCACCGUUCCUGGCACGCCCAUUGAGCCCAGUACAUGGCAGCUCGGUCAGGAUGAUAACAACUCCCAACCACACGACAAGAACAGCCCGGCCCCCAGCGGCGGCCCAGUGGCUACUAUUCACCAGCGUGACCAGCCCGAGUCUCCGUUCGACUGGGAAGAGUUGAACCUUGACACAGUUCCGCCUCAAGCCUUCUCGGUCCGGGUCCUUAUACUACCUCACAAACUUUGCACGUUCUCCAGCUACCCAACAGGAAGCUCCUGUGGUAACUGGGUGGAUGUGGAGACGAGAGAUGCGACGGAGGAGAGCGAGAAAAUUCGUCUUUGGGCUUCCGGGCCCGGGGAGCAACAGCCUGGGUUUUGUGUUACUUGCGACAAGAUUCAAUGCGUCGUGUUAUUUGACCCUGACAGUGAUCGCAUCAUAGUUCGCAACCAGUCUUCGCAUUUGGUUAGUUGCAAGCUAAACAGGACGGCAAAAAUUAUAGAUAUCCAGGACGGCGAAAUUGGAGUGAUUACACCGGGAGAGUGGGAAUUCACCGCCGACGAAAACGAGUGUUUGUUUAAACUCAAACUGCUGAGCAGGACGCCCUUGCAUAUUAGACAGGUGCCACAUACCAAGCGCUCCGCUGCCGAUAAAACCAGCUCGAACAAGAAAGCCCGUCAGUCGGUUGGUCUAUCCUUCGAGAGGAUAACAAUCCCACGGGAUCAAUUCCCUAGCAACCCUCUCAUCAGUCUCAAUCGUGGCGAGAUCGUACAGGUUGGAACUGGGGAGGACGACUAUGCCAUAAAACUCCUAGGGCCUGUCAAUAACGGGCGAGUUUCGACUGUCUACAAGGCGGAGCACUCCAACAUGCCGGGCAAGGUGGUGACAGUCAAGGUCAUCAAGCCCCACUGCCGCAAUAGAGAGUCUACGGUCGAAGCGAUUGAAACUUGGAUACGUGAAUUCUCUAUACAUUCCACCCUGGGUAAUCAUUAUGCAAUCAUACCAUAUCUCGGUUCUGAUGCCCGGUUCAACGCCAUAUAUACCGAGCAUAUCGACGCAAAACCACUGAUAUACCAUAUAGCAGACCAAGGGGCUCGGGAGUUCAAUGGUAACAUCGUGAGAGCCUGGAGGAUCCUAGGUGACAUGGCUUCAGCUCUGUCCUUCCUUCAUUCGAAAAACAUUGUCCAUGGCGAUAUUCACCUGACUAACAUCCUCUUCCACCCUGUUCGCGGCGCUAUACUGACUAACUUCGACCUGAGCUUUGAAGAGGGGAAAAACGCAGCUGGGAAUGGUGCACCUUGGUACUUACCACCGGAAUUCCUCGAUGAUUCGGAAUCGCGUUGCUCAGCUUCAGAUAUGUGGGCACUUGGUGUUGUCAUGCUGUGGGUGCUGGGUAAAAUCCCUAUGCCCGAAUCAACGACGUACUGGAUCGUCGAAGAUAUUCACCCGACGGGACCGACCACUCAAAUGAAUCACAAGCAGGCACAAUGUCAGAUGGAGGACUGGCUCGCCAAAGUGCGUGCGGGUAACAGAGAGCUUAAAGAAGAAAGGGGCGAGAUUGCACCUCUUGUUGAUGCUCUGGUCCAGGAAUUGUCGCACGAGCGAAUCGAUGCCGCAACACUAGUCCAAGAGCUAACCAUGUAUAACCUGAAUGAGGGAUCGGACUUUGAGUCUAUUUCGGACCGAUACAUCUCGCUUUGAGCGGGUUCGAUUGCUUAAUAGGGGAGCUGGUAUUGUCUGUUUCCUCUAUCAUCCAAACCUUCUCAUUUCCCCGUUGGAAUCUUCCUCUCGGCUUUUUCUUCUGUUUAUUUCUGCCGUUUCUUGCUUUCUUGGACGAGGCUAGAGUAAAGGGACAUCAUAGAAAAUACUGAAAAAAAGGAAGAGAGAAGAAGGGAAGGAUGAAUAGAACCGGGAUAGAGAAAGAAUAAAAAGAAACCUAAAUAGGCCUAAGGAUACUUAAAUGAUUAAUGAAUUACGAGC